AUGCCGGCAACCAACCAGGGCUGGCCCGAGGCCUUCGGGUUCAAGAUAAGCGGGACGGGCCCGUGCUACAUCCUCUGGGUGCAGGAGGGCAGCAGCGCAGCGCUGGCGGGGCUGCGGCCGGGCGACGAGGUGCUGGAGAUCGAGGGGCAGCCGGUCUCCUCCCUGGGCUGCGAGGCGCUGCUCGGGCUGGCCCGGCGCUGCGGAAACGUGCCCCCCAGCAUCGGGGUGAUCUCCCGCCUGCAGCACAUCGAUAUCCCCCCCGCUCCCUGGGGAUGCUUCGGCUUCGAGCUGGCGGGUGGCAGCCCCCCACAAGUGGCCAGUGUCAGGCCGGAAUCGCCAGCCGCCACCUGCGGGAUCGAGCCGGGGGAUUACGUGCUGGAAGUCAACGGGACGCCGGUGACACCGCAGGAGGCGGCGGCCGCCCUGGUGGGGUCCUGCCCCGGGGGGUCCCUGCGGCUCGGGCUGCUGCGGCCGCAGUGUGGGGCUGCCGUGUGGGAUCCUGCCCCCAGCGCCAGCGCCGUGCGCCGGGAGAGGAAGCAGAAAGCGCAGGAAUUCAGCAAAAAGGUAGAUGACAUCCUGGGUGACCAGCCAGAGGUAAAGGAGAAGGUGUUCACCAUCCUGAAGCAGUAUGCAGCGGAGCGGAAGGUGGAAUACUUGGCCUAUGCCCUUUGCAUGGUCCUCACCCAGGAGUCCCACCAACAUCUCAUUGACAACAUCAGGAUUUUCAUCCCCAAGAAGCACCGGCAGCGGUUUGACGAGGUGGUGUCACAGAGCCUGAUCAGCAAGCUCUGCCGCUCCAAGAGCGAGCAGCACAGCAACCGCCUGCGCCGCAGCCGGAGCGAGGACCACCAGGAGCGGCUCCUGGUCUCCACCCGUGCCAGCUCCGUGCCCCGGAGCCACGAGGAGCUCAGCAAGAGCCUGCGGAAAACCACUUCGCUCCUCACCAGCAAUGUGGCCUCGGGGGCUGCCCGCAGAACUGUGCGAGUUUAUAAAGGCAACAGAAGCUUUGGCUUCACACUGCGUGGCCAUGCCCCGGUGUGGAUCGAGUCUGUUCUGCCAGGGAGCCCGGCUGAGAAGGCUGCUCUGAAACCUGGAGACAGGAUCCUGUUCCUUAACGGUCUGGACAUGAGGAACUGCUCCCAUGACAAGGUGGUGUCGAUGCUGCAGGGCAGUGGGGCAAUGCCCACCUUGGUGGUGGAAGAGGGGAUUGUCAACUUCUCCAAUGACUCUGACUCUGCUGACUCCCCGAGCACCUCCUCAGCCCUCACCUCCCUGCAGUGGGUGGCAGAGAUCCUCCCCUCUAGCAUCAAGAUUCAAGGAAGGACCUUCACGCAGCAGCUGGAGCACCUGCUGACCCCUCCUGAGCGCUACACCAUCUGCAAAGCGCUGGAAGGCUUCUUCCAACAUCGGAACAUUGACACUCUCAUUGUGGAUGUGUACCCGGUGCUGGACACACCAGCCAAGCAAGUCAUUUGGCAGUUUAUCUACCAGCUGCUGACAUACGAAGAGCAGGAGCACUGCCAGCAAAAGAUUGCCAGGUUUCUUGGUUACAAGUCCUUGGCAGCCGAGCCAGAAGCAGAGGAGCGGUACCGCAGCUCCGCCCGAGGGGCCUCCCUGUGCCGGGGCAGCCUCCGAACCCCCCGCCCCGAGGAAGGGGGGGCAGCAGGCCAGAGUGACACCGUGGAGGUCCCAGUUCGCCUGAUCCCUGGAGAGAGGCAGGCUGGGGAUGGCACAUCCCUCCCAGAGACACCCAACCCCAAAAUGAUGUCAGCUGUCUAUGCAGAACUGGAAAACCGCCUGAUUGGCAGCUUUGCUGGCAAGGUGGGGAACCCUGCCUGGCACAGAGCGUCACCUCCACACGCUGCAGGUGCUCGCAAGCCAGGAAAGGCCAUCUCGUGGCCCAGUGAGCCUCUGGCCUCCCAGCAGUGCUACUACCGGCUGCACAGCACCGUGGCCUCCCCCAGCAGCACCGAGUCCAACCCCUACAUCAGCCUCGACAGCAGCCCAGCCCCGUCCCCCAAGCACCGGGACUACUCGCUCAGCCCUUUGUCGCGACGGAGGAAGCUCUUCACCUUCUCCAGGCCCCCGCGCAGCCGCGACACCGACCGGUUCCUGGAUGCUCUCAGCGAGCAGCUGGGACACCGGGUCACCAUCGUGGAUGAUUUCCUCACCCCUGAGAACGACUACGAGGAGAUGAGUUUCCACGAUGACCAGGGCAGCUACGUCACCAACGACGUCAGCAGCAGCGAGUACAUCAGCAGCAGCGACGAGGGCAGCUCCCUCACCUACUCCACCCUCUCAGACCACAUCCCCCCACCACCACUCAGCCCCCCCCCGCCGCCUCCCCCCAUGUUCCACGACUCCCAGACUGUCCCCACCAAGGCAGAGGCCACGAAGGCUGGCGCGCCUGCCCCCAAGUCCCUGGUGGGCCACCUGCAGCCCAUCCCGCCCCCGCCGCCCCCGCCGCCGCCCCCGCUGCCCUGCCCACCCCCCCUGCACCGGGGGCUGCUGCACCGCCGGGGCGAGUCCAACCACAUGAGCGUCAAGAGGCUGCGCUGGGAGCAGGUGGAGAACUCGGAAGGGACCAUCUGGGGGCAGCUUGGGGAAGACUCAGAUUAUGACAAGCUGAGUGAUAUGGUCAAAUACCUCGACCUGGAGCUGCACUUUGGGACGCAGAAGCCCACGAAGCCAACUCUCAUGCCUGAAAACUUUAAAAAGAAAGACGUGGUUGAAAUUUUGUCCCACAAAAAGGCCUACAACACAUCCAUCCUAAUAGCCCAUCUCAAGCUGUCACACAUCGAGCUGCGCCAGAUCCUGAUGACGAUGGAGACGGAUCGCCUGGAGCCCUCCCACAUCAAGCAGCUCCUGCUGUACGCGCCGGAUGGGGAGGAAGUCCAGCGCUUCCAGAGCUACAAGGAGAACCCCAGCAAGCUGAGUGAGCCCGACCAGUUUGUGCUGCAGAUGCUGUCAGUACCAGAAUACAAGAUCCGCCUGCGCAGCCUACAUUUUAAGACCACUCUGCAGGAGAAGAUAGAGGAGAUCAAAGCCAGCUACGAGUGCAUCUGCAAGGCCUCUCUGGAGCUGAAAAGCAGCAAGAAGCUGGCUAAGAUCUUGGAGUUUGUGCUGGCAAUGGGAAACUACCUGAACAACGGGCAGCCCAAGACCAGCAAAACAACAGGCUUCAAAAUCAACUUUCUCACCGAGCUGAACACGACCAAGACUGUUGAUGGGAAAUCCACCUUCCUGCACAUUCUUGCCAAAUCACUUAGCCAACAUUUCCCAGAGCUCCUGGGCUUUGCCAAGGAUCUUCCUACUGUGCCGCUUGCUGCCAAAGUGAACCAGAGAACUCUGACAGCUGACCUGAAGGACCUGCACACCACUGUCAGUGACAUUCAGAUGGCCUGCCACAACAUGCCAGCUACUGCAGAGGACAGAUUUGCAAUUGUGAUGACUUCCUUCCUGGAGAGUGCCCAGCCUGCCAUGCGAUCCCUGGAUGACCUGCAGCACAAGGCCGUGGAAGAGUUCAGCAAGGUGUUGUCCUUCUUCGGGGAAGACUCGAAAAUGACAACUUCUGAAGCCUUCUUUGGCAUUUUUGCAGAAUUUAUGAGCAAGUUUGAGCGGGCACUCAGCGAUGUGCAGGUUGGCGAGAGCCAGCGCAGCCCCAGGGUGACCUCCCCCCUGGCCUGGUGACGGGCCUGCAGCCACGCCAGCUGCAACAAUUCAUUGCCAACAAAGUGCAAUUUGCUCCCGUUGAGUUUGGUUGUAAAUAUGCUGCUGUCACCUGCUGCCACCAAGCAGAACCACGGACUGAGGCAUCAGGGCAGUUUGGACACUGAAAAGUGAUGGUGGAUGGAUGUGAGGGUGAGGCACAGGGACAAGAAGGUGAACACCAUGCCGGGCUUGGCAACAGCUUUCUUGGCACCCUCCAUUUCCUGCAUAUGACUGAGUCAAGGAUUCAGCCCCUGCUCCAGCCCCCUGCCCCACUCCAGCCCUGGCAUAGGUCACUCCUGCCUGUGGCCAGAGCAGGAGCCCUCACUGCAGCCUCUGCUUACUACACAAUCACCGACUGGUGCAUUAUUUAUGGGAUACCUUAUAACCAUCAAAUCUUCAUUUUUCAGUAUUUUUCCAAGCCCCCCUGCAGAAAGUGAGGUGUAUUUUCACAAGUGAUCUCUGUUUAUACAGCAUUAAGUGCCAGGUAGUUUCUAGCGUUGUGUUCCGAGGUCCAGCCCCCUGUCCCUGCCUCCCCUCUGCCCGAUGGCAGUGACGGGGAGAUGCUUGCUCAGCUCCUCUUUCCAUUCUGGAUGUUGCACAAUGUGUUCUGUUGAUUUUUUUUUUGUUAUGAUUUUUUUUUAUUUCUAAAAAACUUAUUCAGUACUUAAACACUUGGAUGUUCUUUUGAAACUGUCAUUACAACUGUGAAAACGCUGUACAUAGAUUUUGCUACAUGUUGUAACUUUCCAAAAUAGUUAGGACUCCAAACCCUUUGGUAUUUUUAUGUGACUGUUUUCAAGGAACCAGAACUUCUGACACACGGUUGUAUUAUUUGAUAACGGGACCAUGUACAUUGACAGUCCAGUCUCUACCCAAUGCCUACGUGCUAUUCCUAAAAUAAAGCUACUGCUUUC